UGACUCGCCCCUGUCUGUACUUAAAGCAAAUACCUUGUGAAACCCUAUAUUUAUGAAACGGAAGAGUUAGUCCACUCAUAGCUCAUUUUAAAAGCCCUAUUAGUUCAAGUUAUUCUUAAGUUUAGGUAAAUAACAGAAGAAUUGUCAAAGAGAGCCUGUCCUCGAGAUACGAGUGAACACCUCACUGUAUACAUAUCGUGAUAUCCCCCUUGUCUAACUAAAAUGGCGCCUGACGAUCAAAUAUCUGAUCAAGAAAAGGUUCGUAUUGCGUCGGAUUUCAUACGGCAUGCUCCUCCUGGGGAAUUCAAUGAAGUGUUUACAGAUGUCCGUGUGCUGUUAAAUAAUGAUACCCUCCUCAAAGAAGGAGUUGCGGGUGCCUUUGCCUUGUAUAAUAAAGAUCAGCUCACUCCUGUAAAACUUCCAAAUUCCAGUAUUCCAUCACUGGUGACAGAGCACAAUGAUGUUGGAGGGGGGAGAUUUUUUGAUCCUCGAUCAAAACAGUCUUUCAAGUAUGAUCAUUUGAGAAAGGAAGCUUCCGAUCUUCAGGCAUGGGAAUCUGAUGCUGCGGUAGAAUCGUGGAGAGAUGCACUAGAAUCCCAGUUUACUGAGUACACAGCAAACCAUUACAAGCAUGGUGUUUGUGCUGUGUUUGGUCAAAGUAGAAAUGAUAGUGUAUCUCUUGUUGCGUGCAUUGAGGAUCAUCAAUUUCAACCAAAGAACUAUUGGAAUGGUCGUUGGAGGUCUCAGUGGUGUGCAACUUUGACUGGUGGAACUGGAGAGUUGCAAGGAACUCUAAGGGUUCAGGUUCAUUAUUAUGAAGAUGGCAAUGUCCAGCUUGUCUGUUCUAAGAAUGUUAAACAUUCACUCACGUGUUCGAAUGAAGUAGAGACCGCCAAAGAGAUGGUUCGGUUGAUCGAAGAAUCCGAGUCCGAGUAUCAAUUAGCGAUCAAUGAAAACUAUCAGACUAUGUCUGAUACUACCUUCAAAGCUCUUCGUCGUCAAUUACCUAUCACGCGAAGCAAAGUCGACUGGGAAAAAAUUAUUUCGUACAAAAUUGGAAAAGAAAUCAACAAAACCCAAUAAUAAUAAGUUCAUUCAGCAACUCUUUACUUAUUAAAUCUUUCAAUUCUUCUUAUUUCAUUAUCUUGUUGUUGGAAAGUAGAUUCCGACCUACUGCCAACUGCUGGCCGAUUGGUUCAAUGUUGUUACGGUGGUUCUAAUAAGUUACUACGAUACAUUUCUUUUCCAUUUAUUUACAUAUCCUAUUUUCUGUUUGUUUUUUCUAACCUUCUUCCUUCUCAGCUCUCCCCUCAUGGUUUUAUUGUGUCGAGUGUUGGAUGAUUUGAUCAAGGCUUGAGUUUAGCGUAAAAUUAUCCUGAUCAAGUUAUAUCGCGUCACCGGUACGCUGCCUUUGUGCGCGCAUUGCUGAAGCGGUGCGCCCUUUUAUUAUUAUCAUAGUAAUAUUAAAUCGUCGUCCAUUGAUUUUCUGCACCCCAUUUAAGUUCUUUUAUUAUCAGCAGAUUGGUUUGCUUUGGUUAACUAGCAAAGUAAUCUACAUGACUGAUAUAUAGGUGUUUUGGUUUUCACUACUGAA